GGAAAAGCGGUGGGCAGGUUAGCGACGGACCGCUUCCCCUCUCUGCCCUCACUCAAUAUGUCUGCGUCUUACAGACGAGAGCAGCGAAGCGCUGAGACAAAAUGGCCGCUGAGAGCGGGAGGGGGCGCUCUAGCUCGGCGUCUCGGUGUUCUUCUGAGCAUGCUGGCGGAUUGGAGCCUCGCCGAGUUUGAGGCUGAGAGCGAGCCCGGGGCCAAGAGAGUCGCUGGGAGGGAGGGAGGCUGGAAAUUCACACGGCCGCCGAAGUGACUUUUGCCCGGGAGCUGCCGCUGCUUCUCCGGAAACUUCUGCGCGAACCCCCAGUCCUGCCUCAUCCUAUUGCUCUUUCCGUGCGCGUGUGUGUCUGUCUCCGCGCCUUCUCACUACGGCUUCCCUCCGAAAUCUGUCUCGGCUCCUGUCCGUCUUUUAAUCCCGCUCUCCUGCCUAUCCAUUCCCCCCACCCCACGCCGUCUGACUCCCUCUGUUUUCCCAGUGGGGGAAAAGGUUUUCCUUUUCUUUCGCCUCAGUCCGAACGGCGUCUCUGGGUCCUCUGAAUCAGCUGCAUAGGUUCAACUCCUCAGUCCGCCCCACUCCACCAAGUCCCAGGAAGGUGGCUGCCUUUCGCUUCUUCUCCAUCCUCAGUUUUCCAGCUUCCCUGGAUUGGGGGUAUAUCCUUGUUUGCCCCGCAGAGUCUCUACUAUCCAGUCCUGCCUGCUUACCUGUAACUAACUUUCUUUGGGACUGCCAGACACCCCUCCGCUCCCCUCUCUGGAACUAUCCCUCUUGUGUAGAGAAAUUGGCUCUCCUCCUGUGUCUUCCCUGUUUGGUAUGUAACCAAAUUGCAUUGUUGGUUGCCUUCGCUGCCUUAAUCGUAUUGAGGACAGUCCUCUCAGCUCUCUCUCUCUCUUGCAAUAAACAUUAAAAAAAUAUCCUUUUCUCUCUGACCUGUGAUAUUUUCAACGUUGUUGAUAAUCAGUGUGACGAUUUGUUUUUAAGACUUCCUGACUCCAGGAGGCAAACGCCCAGCCUUGACUCCAUAGUUUUAUGUCUUACUGAAGGGCUUUUCCCUUACCUAAAUGUUUUAAGUUCUGCGCUGCUUUGAAUGUAACUUUUUCUGAUUACCUUAAUAAUUGGAAAACGGGCGCGUCUUUCCUAAUCAGAAUUAUUUUUACCGCCACCACUAUCUCAGUGUAGUGUUGGUGAGGCUAGUAUUUGGAGAACUAAAGAGGAGGAUGCCAAGGAAACUGCUGUUACCUUAUAAAUCUGUGUUUUCUCACUCUCGAGUUGGAAGGGGUUUGCAUGAUUCUUUGGCAAUGAAUGCAGCCAGAAGUGGCUACCGGGUCUUCUCAGCAAAUUCCUCAGCAGCCUGCACAGAACUGGCCAAGAGGAUCACUGAGCGCCUUGGUGCUGAACUUGGAAAAUCUGUGGUAUACCAAGAAACCAAUGGAGAAACAAGAGUUGAAAUAAAAGAGUCAGUCCGAGGACAAGAUGUAUUUAUCAUUCAGACAAUUCCCAGAGAUGUGAACACUGCAGUAAUGGAACUGUUGAUUAUGGUUUAUGCACUGAAAACAUCCUGUGCCAAAACCAUCACAGGUGUAAUUCCCUACUUCCCUUAUAGUAAACAAAGCAAAAUGAGGAAGAGAGGCUCAAUAGUCUGUAAACUCCUUGCUUCUAUGUUGGCUAAAGCAGGUUUAAGCCACAUCAUCACUAUGGAUCUUCAUCAGAAAGAAAUACAGGGUUUUUUUAGCUUUCCUGUUGAUAACUUGAGAGCAUCACCUUUCUUGCUUCAGUAUAUACAGGAAGAGAUUCCUGAUUAUAGGAAUGCAGUUAUAGUAGCAAAGAGUCCUGAUGCUGCUAAGAGGGCCCAGUCUUAUGCUGAGCGACUGCGGUUAGGCCUGGCAGUUAUCCAUGGAGAGGCUCAGUGCACAGAGCAAGACAUGGAUGAUGGACGGCACUCUCCUCCAACAGUAAAAAAUACUACAUUAUGCACUGGCCUGGAGCUACCCUUGAUGAUGGCCAAAGAGAAACCACCCAUAACAGUAGUUGGAGAUGUUGGAGGUAGAAUUGCCAUAAUUGUGGAUGACAUAAUUGAUGAUGUUGAAAGUUUUGUGGCAGCUGCAGAAAUCCUGAAAGAGCGUGGUGCUUACAAGAUCUUUAUCAUGGCCACUCAUGGUCUCUUGUCUGCUGAUGCCCCACGUCUAAUUGAAGAGUCCUCAAUUGAUGAGGUUGUAGUCACCAAUACAGUUCCUCACGAAGUACAAAAACUGCAGUGUCCCAAGAUAAAGACUGUGGAUAUCAGCUUGAUCCUUUCUGAAGCUAUCCGUCGAAUCCACAAUGGGGAGUCUAUGGCUUACCUCUUCCGCAAUAUUACCAUGGAUGAUUAAAUUUAUUUUUUCUCAUUCUGCCAUCAGUUUCCUCAAAGAGAAGGGAAAACAAUAUGUAUAUGAGCAAGUGCCAUAACAUUCAUAGUGUAUUUUUAAAAACAUAACAGGGCUGAAUAUUUUGAGCUGAGCUUCACAAAUCCUGCAUGGAGACUGGAUCAGGGUGCAGAUAGGCUUUGGAAUAUAUUGUUAAACUAUUUGAAUUAUGCUAAUUGUGGCUUUUUGCUCUUGUUAUAUCUUGUGUAUCAUGAGAGGCAAUUGGGGGAUGACUUUAAAGUGCACUGAGAUUUACUCUACAUGCAUAUCCUCACAUCACACUAAAAUAUUUUUUCCUUGCCAUCUUUGGAACAAUUUUAACAUCAUGGUAGCAGCAAGUUUUUCUUUUUGUGAAAUGGUUUCCAAUGAUUCAUUUCCAUCAACAAUAACAUAAUGCGAUGCUAUCUGGUUCCAAAGUUGAGGUAAAAAAUUGAAUGUGCUACCUCUUUUUUGUUACAUAGAAUAUGUUGUAAUCCUGACUAGCAGCUUGAAAGAGAAGCAUAGAAAUUCUAUAUAUAAUGGUUACUACAGUGUGUGCUAAAAUGUAGAGUUAAAUGGGAUUUGUACUCUGUUUUUGUGCAUGGCACAAGAUGGGAUAUUUUAGUUAGAAGAUAUGGAGAACUCUGCAACCCUAUCUUGUGUCAUACACAUUUUUAUUCAGUGAUAUAGAAUGGUUAACCUAGUGAAAUGAACUCUGAUUUUUAGAACACUAAGUUAGCAAUCAUACACUCUGCAGUAUUUUACCACUAAGGCCUUUGCUGGGAUGAUUGAGUCUCUUUUCCAAUGCAGCGAUUCUUGAGCAUUUUAUUAGACAUUAGCUUUUGGCUUGGAAAUGAAACUAUCUACUUCCACACAGUUUCAUUUUUUUCUUCUGGUAUGUGUUCCUAGGACGCCAAAAUUUCAUCUCUUGAAUUUCCUCCACUUCAGAAGUAUCUUCUCUGCUUUGAAUUUGCUUGAUUAAUUCCUGCAUAUCUUCAGAGCUUCAGAAUAGAAAAUUAGAUCUUAAUAUCUAUUGCACAUUGUUUGAAUUAACACUGAGUUGCAUAUAUGGUAGCAAAAGGGAAGGAUGUUUUCCCUUUUCCACAGAACAGAUCUUGAAUUUUCUAAAAUAUAAGAACAUUAAUUUUCUUCAGAAAAGUUCAUGAAGCCACCCAUUCUUAAUGCUAUUUUAUUUCAACUUGUAUUUUGUUUGAAAAGGCCUAAAUCAUACUUACCUGCAUAGGCCAACAAUCCAAACCUACUGUUGCGGUAGGAAGGCAAGAGGUAGGUUUGAGAAAAAUGCUACCCACAAUGCAGAUAAGCCUAAACCAGACCAAAUUUUACUAAGCUUACUUAAUCUAUAGUUUUUUGGAUUGGUUUGUUUUGUUUCUUUGGGGAUUUAUUGAUUCUUGUAUCUGCUCCAAUAUUCUGUACCCUUUCACACUUAAAUUGGAGACAUUGUAUUGGAACUGUCAUUCUAUAAGCUGGUCAUUAUUUUGCAUUUCCUAGUGUUCCUUAUCUUGCUGCUCUUCUAACCAUUCUGAUUCAUUCUGGCCUCUUCAACUUGAACAGUUCUUUGUCUUUUUAAAUUUGCUAUUAUCUGUCUUUUUGGUUUAGCAAAUUAUCCUUUUGACUAGUAUUCUUUGGCAGCUUUGAUCAUUAUAAGAAAUGCCUAAAAUAGGGUAUCUGGAUCUUGCAUGUAAUGAUUAAAAUAGUGGGAAGACUUGCCUUCAAUAAAUUAUUGAUGCAUUUUU